AUGAUCGUCAAUCAAAUGAAAACUCUUUCAGGAAGAUCUAAUGAACAUCUAAGAGCACACAACACUGUCUCGCAGCUCCAAAUCGGCGUGGAUGAGUCGUAUCGCCUCCAAAUCCCGGAUCCCGACGAUGCUACUGCCGCAUUGCUCACGGCAGAGACUGUGUAUGGAGCCCUACACGGAUUGGAGACGUUUAGCCAGAUCUGCGCGUUCAAUUUCACGACGAAGAUGACGGAAGUGCGAUACAUCCCAGUGGACAUCGUCGAUCGGCCGAGAUUUGAGUAUCGAGGUCUCUUGAUUGACACUUCGAGGCACUAUGAGCCCCUCAAGAUUGUCCGGAGCGUCAUUGAUUCCAUGGCCUACGCCAAGCUGAAUGUUUUGCACUGGCAUAUUGUCGACACCCAAUCGUUUCCUUUGGAGAUUCCUUCCUUUCCUAAGCUUUGGAAUGGAGCGUAUACCGGAGCCGAGCGCUACACUCUAGAAGAUGCCAAGGGUAUUGUCGAAUACGCGAGGCUAAGAGGAAUCAAUGUGAUGCCAGAGCUUGAUGUUCCCGGUCAUGCUGCAUCCUGGGGCGUAGGCUAUCCGGAACUGUGGCCCUCCGGGAACUGUACGCAACCUUUGGAUGUAAGCAGUGAGUUCACUUUUGAGGUCAUCGAAGGGAUCAUUUCGGAUUUUGCAAAGACCUUUCCUUUCAAAUUCAUGCACCUUGGUGGUGACGAAGUCGAUACAACCUGCUGGAAGAAGACGCGACAUAUAGCCAGAUGGCUUGCACAUAACAAUUUCACCGCCAAGCAAGGCUACGAAUACUUUGUUCUACGCGCGCAAAAGAUUGCCCUGAAGUACGGGCUUACUCCCGUGAAUUGGGAAGAGACUUUUAAUAACUUUGGUAGCAAACUCAAUAACGAGACGAUCAUUCACAACUGGAUAGGACCUGGUCUGGCGCCACUCGUUGUAGGAGCAGGUUUCAAGUGCAUCGUGAGUGAUCAAGACGUGUGGUAUCUGGAUCAUCUCGACGUACCAUGGCAAAGCUUUUACAAGAACGAGCCACUCACAAACAUAACGGGAGAGCAUGAGCAGAGUUUGAUAAUUGGAGGAGAAGUUUGCAUGUGGGGCGAAACUGUGGAUCCAAGCGACAUACAUCAAACAAUCUGGCCUCGAGCGGCAGCUGCAGCCGAACGCUUGUGGUCUCCGAGGAGCUUCACGGACCAGGGAACUUCGCAAGUCCAUUCGAGGCUCAAAACUUUCAGGUGUUUGCUACAACAGCGAGGGAUCCCUGCAGCUCCAGUAGAUGAGCUUGGGCGGGUGUCUCCGCCGUAUCCAGGUUCUUGUUACGACCAGUAAAGUAUCGCAGAAUUUUUAUGUAGCGUGUUAAUUUACUUGCUUCUCAACAAUCUCAGUGUGUA